AUGUUUGAGUCAUUUGAAAUUAAAGUUCCGGCGUCAUCAGCCAAUAUUGGUCCUGGAUUUGAUGUGUUGGGUAUAGGCUUGGAGCUCUAUUUGUCCAUUAAAGUUAUUAUCGAUAAAAAUGUAGAUACAAGUUCUGAUCCACACAAUGCCAAAUUAUCAUACGAGGGAAGCCUUGCAGAAAAAGUGCCGUUGAGAUCAGACAAGAACUUGGUGACGCAAACAGCACUUUAUGUACUCAGAACUGUUGGUGUCGACAAAUUUCCAUUGGGAACUCAAAUCUUUGUUAAUAAUCCUAUUCCAUUGGGUCGAGGAUUGGGUUCGAGUGCAAGUGCCAUUGUUGGGGGUAUAUAUUUGGGUAAUGCCAUUGGUAAAUUAAAUUUGAGCAAGGAGCGAAUGUUGGAUUAUUGUUUGAUGAUUGAAAGGCACCCAGAUAACAUUGCUGCAGCAAUGCUUGGUGGAUUUAUUGGAUCCUACCUAAACGAAUUGGAUAAAGCAGACGCCGAACAUACUCAAGUUCCCUUGGACUAUAUAUUACCCAAGCCAGAUACACCAUCGGAUGUCAUUGUGCGAGAGAAACCACCAAUGAAUAUUGGGGAGUACAUGAAAUACAACUGGAAUAAAAAGAUCAAAUGUGUUGUCAUUAUUCCAAAUUUCGAGUUGAGCACUGACAAGUCGAGAGCAGUAUUGCCUCAAUCGUAUACAAGGCCAGAUAUCAUUUACAACCUUCAAAGAAUUGCCGUUUUGACUGCUGCACUCACACAAGACCCACCUAACCACAAGUUGAUUUACCAAUCGAUGAGAGAUAAAAUUCACCAACCAUAUAGAACUGUUUUGAUCCCAGGUCUAGAUCAAGUGUUGGAGCAAGUCGUACCAGCAAAGCACCCGGGACUUUGUGGAAUAUGUUUAAGUGGAGCAGGACCUACAAUCUUGUGUUUGGCAACUGAAGGCUUUGAAGAUAUUGCACACGAGGUUACUAAUAUUUUUGACAGCGAAGGUAUAAAAUGUGAUUGGAAAGUGUUAGAUUUGGCAUACGAUGGCGCAACUCUUGAGUACUUGUAA